AGAGUCGGUUCGAAUCCAAAUCUCAACGGGAGAGAGAGAGAGAGAGAGAGAGAGAGAGAGAGAGAGAAUGAGCAGCCCGCGGAGGAAGAAGAUACAGAAGAAAUUCAAAAUAAGAGGCUAUAACCUCAAGAUCGAGGCCUUGAACGAGAUUCGCGCCUUCGUCGAUCAGUUCCCCGAAGAUGAAGAAGAAGCUAUCGAUCUUCUCCUCGACAAUCUCCAGCAGGAGUCGCUGAAAUCUUCUACAGUUGAUGGAGAAUCUGUUCGGAGAGUGGUGAAUCUCUUGUUGGAAGCUGACAAUGCGGCCGAUGAGCCCGCCACUACUGUUUCUGAGAGUGCUGCAUUGCGUGUUAUUGAUGCAUUUUUUGCGCCCAAGUAUCGAUACGAUGGUGUCAAGAAGCAGUUUAUUGAGCAUACAAGCAGCUUGCCUGUCCAUGGAGAGGCUUCUGCAAAAACAGCUUUAUAUAGGGACAGAUUUAUGUUGCUGUUGCAGAGAGUAUCUCGUGCAGAACAUUUCUCCAGACCUGCAUUUGAUACCGAGUUGUCAGGGUUCGAGAGUUAUGAGAUAUCUUCUAUCCAGUCUCUAAUCAUUCAGAAAGGAAGAAGAUGGGUGAUGGGCGUGAUCUCACAGCUGGAAGAUGGCCACUUCUAUCUGGAAGACCUUUCAGCUUGUGUUGAAAUUGAUUUGUCCAAAGCAAAGAUAACCACAGGAUUUUUCACGGAGAACAGUAUAGUGUUGGCAGAGGGCGAGCUGCAGGUGAAUGGUAUCUUUCAGGUAAUUACAUGUGGGUUUCCGCCAUUAGAGGAAAGGGAAAAAACAUUGAAGCUACAUGCUGGAUUCGACUUCUUUGGUAGUGGAAUGUUCACUAAAGAAGAGAUGCUUAAACUUGCAGACCUAGAAAGAAAAGCCGUGAGUGACACAUUUGUUGUACUGUCUGAUAUAUGGGUGGAUGAUGAAGAGGUUCUGGGGAAGCUGGAAAUUGUCCUCAGUGGUUUUGAAAGUGUGGAGAUAGUACCUUCCUUGUUUGUUUUCAUGGGAAAUUUUUGUUCCCAUCCGUGCAACUUAUCUUUUGGUUCUUAUUCAAAGCUUAGGCAGCAGUUUGGGAAACUAGGGAAAAUGAUUGGGAAACAUCCACGAUUAAAAGAGCAUAGUCGGUUUUUGUUCAUCCCGGGUCCAGACGAUGCAGGUCCAUCCACGGUAUUGCCCAGAUGUAGUUUACCAAGUUAUUUAACUGAAGAGCUUCGAGAAAUUAUUCCUAACGCCAUAUUCUCCAGCAACCCUUGCAGGGUCAAAUUCUACACACAGGAGAUUGUAUUCUUCAGGCAGGAUCUGCUCCAUCGGAUGCGUCGCUCCUGCCUUAUACCCCCUUCCACAGAAGAAACCGAGGACCCUUUUCAGCAUCUAGUGUACACGAUAACUCAUCAGAGCCACCUCUGUCCUCUACCACUCAUGGUGCAACCCAUCAUCUGGAACUACGAUCACGCCCUUCGGCUUUACCCAACUCCUCACACGAUGGUGUUGGGAGACAAGAGCGAGCAGAAGGUAUGCAAAUUCGGGGGAACCACAUGCUUCAACCCAGGCUCCUUCGCAACGGACAGCACUUUCGUUGCGUAUAGGCCUUCCACCCAUGAAGUUGAGUUAUCCGCCCUCUGAUCCACCCUCGUUAUAUUAUUGAACAAAGGUAUCAUCAAUUUCAUGAAAAACUUGUUUUUUGCAUUUUCUUUGAACAAAGAAAGAGUCCAUUAGUCCUCAUUUGCUGCUUCUGCUGUAAAAAGCCUCCUUUCUUUAACUGAUUGAUGAUGCUUCAGCAUUCUUGGCUUGAUUAGAGAACCUAAUUAACCAAUUGUUCAAAGUCUGGUUUCAUAGCUGUCAUACAUAUUCAUACACACACAUAUAUAUACAAUCAAAAUGUCAUGGCUUUGUUCGCU